AUGGCGGCCGAUAAGGUCAAAGUAAGUGGUUCGCUCUAUUUGCCCUGGAUCCGAGUCGAAUCAAAGGAGGAUACCCCCAAAUCAAAAUUCACAGCAAUGGUUCGUGUAAAAGCGCCACCAUCGGUACCUAGUAAUAAUGCGUUCCCCAUACACCUAGUUGUGGCGCUCGAUGUCUGUGGUACAACGGGCCAGCCGGCAACAGGACCAAGGUUGGACCUGCUGGAGAUGAUGAAGUUUAUCAAACGAGAGUUGUUCCAUGGAGACGCGACACAACACAAGGUUGACGUCGUGACUGCGUUCGGUGAUAGUAUUUCGGAACAGCUGCCCAUUGCCCAUUGGAUAUCUGCGCAACGAAAGCAGGAAAAUCUUAUGCGCAAGGGUGGAACUGACCUUAAACCAGUCUUGGAGCGCACCCUCCACGCCCUGGAGAAACGUCGUCAAUCUUCCGUGGAUCGUGUUGGCUUCAUCAUCCUCGUGUCGGAUGGAGAGAGCAAGUUAGACCGUGGUUUUGAAAAAGAACUUAGCAAGUACCCGGUCCACGCCUUCGGCUUGGGUAAGAAUCAUGACCCCAAGGUUUUGUAUCGUAUCGCCGAGAAAUCCAGAGGAACCUACUCGUCCGUUCCGGUUGCGGACACGGACACGGAGGCGGCGAAGCUCAACAACAGCAAGCUGGUGAUGGAAGCCAUGGCCUUGUGCUUAGGCGGGCUCAAGAGUGUUGUGGCCAUCGACACGCGCGUCAAAAUCAGCGUGCCCGACGACACAGCAACAGCAGACACCCUUAUUAUUCAAGACCUGAAAAUAGUAGAGAUCCAAUCAGGGGGCCACGAAAUGGAAAUCAAGAGCACGGGAAAGGAAGGCGAAAUUUCCGUCGGCGUCCUCUACGCUGGUGAGGUGAAGGACUUCAUCGUCCGCCUUCAAUUCAAGAGCACUAAGAGCAGCAACGGGCGAACCCGAUCGGCUGUUCUUACCGCUGCUGUGGAGUACUAUAAGGAUAUUUCAAGCAAGCAGCAGCAGAGGGCCCGUACUGUCACCGAAGAAUACAAGGUGCGGCUCCUAGUCACAUCAAGCGAUAAUAGUGCAGCCAGGGAAGCGUACAAAGAUUUAGAGCAACAGGCUCCCAACUCCAGGGUCCUGCAACAGAUGAUCUUAUUCGAGGUGGUGCAAAUGCUGCUCAGCUUUGCAAAGGAGGAGGAGGAGGCCAAGGCCAAGGCCAAGGCGGAGGCCAAAACCACCACCAACAUUAAUGAUGCGAAUGUGGGAAACCUGCAGAAGAGGUGGAACGACAAGCUAAAGAGCCAAGGAAAUCUACCCCGGAUGGCCCGGGGGAAUGACCUUGUCGACCUGCAGCGAAUCGACGAGGCCAUGGCUGCGAUGGUCUCGAGCCUGGAGGGAGGCUCGGGGUUGGGCUGCAUCUAUUCCUGGGUGUCGAGCUGCCAGAUGCAGCGCGCCACCACCACGGGUCUGCCAGUGCCACCGCCGUUCCGCCUGACGCCAGCCAUGGAGGCGGCGGCGCGCAACGUGUUCGACAAGUGGGACGAAAGUCGUCGCAGCGACGCAGCAUCCUUCCUCGAGACGUCGUUGAACUUCGGGAACAAAGUGCACGAGGCCGUCAAAGCAGCGAUCGAGGGUGGUGGUACCCAGACGACCGGCAGCGGCGACAAUCCCGCCGCCGCCACCACCCUGGAUGAUGAUCUCAAGGACGACAUCAAGUCUACGAUUGCCAUACGGCUGUUCGACUGCUGCAUCGAAUUAAAGAAAAGCAGUUCCAAAGACGACUUGCUCAAAAUAUACGAGGCCGCCCAAGUAGCCAUCAACUAUUGGCGCCGCGUCCAGGGAAAAUCACUUCCGGCACCGGCAGCCAGUGAAGCGGCACCAGGCACCAGCCCAUCAUCAGCCACCAACCCACCUGCAGACCGUAAAUAUGCAUAUGGUAUAUGCAUAUAUGUAUGGACAGUAAAUUAUCAAUUCCUCAGUGUAAUCAGAAAACAGGAAAUAAUAAUAAUAAUGCUCUACACACAGGAGCAGCAGCAUGUCACAUAUCUCUUCUCUGCAACUAAAAAUUACAAAAGAGAAUUGUUCACCGGGCGAUUUAACCUCACCUCCGCGUGA